AUGGAAUGGAGGACAAAAUAUGGUUCCUCUCCAGUUCUUUUAACUAGCGUCUCUACAGGAGAAGAAAAAGGGAAAGAGAUUGAGGGAUUUCCUUGUGUAUCACCUCUGGACGAUGGUAGGUCCUAAGAUCUCUUUUGCUCAUAUUAUCGCAGUAGUCGAUCGAUCGGUUUAUUAUGAUUGAACGCUUGUCUCUAAAGAGCUAAUUUUGCCUUUCAAUUAAAACUUGGAGAUAGUUUUCGUCUAAGAAUAGUCAUCGCAGUGUACAGGCUACACUACGAGCGAACGGAGGGGGGAAAAAUCUUGAGUUCGAUCACAUCGAUCGCGAUCAGUCUCCACAUAUCAGAUCUUUGGCAUAUUAUUCAUGUCGAUUCACAGCACCUGAAAGGAAAACUUUAUUAUAAAACUGAACCCUUGAGUUUGUAAGAGAAUGCCUGCACUGAAAAAAUUACCUUCGGCGCAGAAAAGACAUAGAUAAGAUGAUUGUUAUUAUUUCUUCUAAAUUGCACUCUUCCACUCUCAGCAUUAUUGUUGAUCUUCUUUUGCCCGCCAUAAAUCACUGGUAAUUUCUUGUUAAACAAACAUGUUUUUUUCAAACUUUCAUUGUUUAUGCUCACUUUCUAUUUGAGUAAAAAUUUCGAACUCACAAUUUAUUGUUAAACACAGUUUAUUUUGAAUUCGUAACAGCAAACCUUUUUUAAUAGCGAAUUUGUAGUGUGUAAAAUUAUGUAGCCCCUGAUAGGAGCUUAUCCUCAAGCAAGUGCUCUUAAAAAGUUUUUUUUUUCCCUGUAAAAACAGUCCUUGAACAUUUUAGGAAUGUAAUUUAUCAGCUUUCAUCUACUUUCUUUAAAAGUCUCUCUCAUCUAAAAACCAGCAGUUAAUAUAUAUUUUAUUUUCGCCUUUUUAAAGUUUAAUUUUAAGUGUAAGGUCAAUUUUUUGACAAUUACAAUGUAAUUUUUGUUUACAUGAUUAUUGGCUGGUUAAAAGUAUUAUCUUCUGGUUUGAAGCAAUUUUUUAAAUUUCUCAGUUUACAAAAAAAAAUAAUUGUAUUUUCGUGGCUCAAAAUAUAUUUGCCAUUAUUGAAAAAAAAAAUGUUCAGGGGUUGUCAGUGCUAUCGCUUUAUAAAUUAUGGAAAACAAAUUUAAAAGAUUUUAAAUGGCUUUAGUCUGAAAUCUACUUCAUGUACCAAGGACAUUUCAUUUAUUCAACUGAUAUAUUUUUCUCACAACAUUUUCAUGUAAAGAAAAUUUACUUACAUGUUCGUGUUUUUGUACUUAAAUGCAUAUGUGGGUUAAACUUCAGCUGUCAUUUACAUGUAAGCUGAAAACAUGUGUUUUGCAAAUGUUCAACUUCUCACAGAGAUUUCCUGAAUUUAUUAUGAACUGAUUUUCUUUAUAUCUACCUGAUUGCAGACUUCUCAUUGAAGAUUGGUUGUGUUUUAGAACAACAUAUGUUACAUAAAUAAAUAAAUUAUGAACAAUCAUGGCAUAUUUGAGUUUAUUUUAUUUACUUAAGUCCCUUUGCGAUAAUUAUUGUAUGAUCAGAUCAAGAAACAGAAUGAGAAAAAUAAUAUUGUCUGUAACUGCCACUUGCAAAUUGUUAGUUGAAAACUGUAAGACAUUAUUUUAUGACUAUCACAGAAAAUGGAUUACUCAAGAAGAGCAAAGUGCCAACCAUGAACUUACAAAGUUUAGUUGUGUACAUUUGUGCAUCUUUUCACCUUGAAAAAUAAUAAUUAUUCUAUGUACUACAAUAUGUACCAAAUACCUAAGUGUUACAUGGAAAAUUUGCUCCGACUCAGAAGUCAAGACUAACCUUAUACCCUUUGUAUUCAAAUUUGUUUUGAAAGCUUGGGAAAUUUCCUUGACAAUCAGGGAGAUAAUUACAAUCUUAGCAGCAUGAAAUAAAAGGUUGUGUCUGUUAGUCCAUGGAUGGCAGAUUUUGCAGUUGGGCUAGUGAUUUCUGUUCUUUUAAUUGCCAAUCUGUAAAACUGACUUUCUUAGAUAGUGUGAAGUCCUACGCAAACCAGGGCACUUGAAGGAAGAUUAUCUGAUCACAACAUUUUUUUGAAAACAAAAGAUUCCCAAGUUUUGUGCAAACAGACUUAUAACAUUCAUAAAUUUGAGGGUUGUUCCUUGAGAGAUCAGGUAAGUUUGCACCAUUGUAAAGUUUUUAAAGGUUGCAUAAGUUGAACCUUGAAUUUUAUUGGUUCAUUUGCAAAAAACUUGAUUUCAAAAUGCGUUGUGACUGAAUAAUCUUCCAAAUGCACUGAUUUGAGUAGUCGCAAUGUAAGGCAGACAAUAUCAUGUCCAAGUUAGAGUUCUUUUAAUGGUCAGCAACUAUUGCUGCUAUUUUUGCUAUCAAGCAGAAUGGAUGUAGUUUAAAUUAGCUGGUUCCAAGGUGAAUGUACCAACCCUUUAAUUUACUGUUUGGCUUCAGUCUUCCACGGUGCGUUUUAGUAUUAUAACUUGUGGGGGCCUUUGGUCACACCGCAGUAGCCACAACAGCUAUGUAUUUGUGAUCUGUUUUUACUAAAUUUUAAUAAUAUAAUAUCUUAAAAACUAUUGAGAAAUCGAUGCGUGCAUUAGUUUCUACCUCACAAGUCUUGCUUUUCAGCAUUGAUUCUUGAUGACUUAUUGAUAAAUUGUGAUACUCAAUUCUUGCAGGAUUUGAGAAUUUAGAUGAGAAUUAAAGACUCAUGACAGACUAGGAACUUUUAAAGUUGAUUUGAAUGGUACUAUUUGUUGCCAGCAAUUAACUGCAAGAUGUACAGCAAAACGUACAAUGCAAAAUAUCAGAUUUGGUAAAAUUUUCUACUGACUAGACAUACAUGUACAAAGUAAUUNGCGUUGUGACUGAAUAAUCUUCCAAAUGCACUGAUUUGAGUAGUCGCAAUGUAAGGCAGACAAUAUCAUGUCCAAGUUAGAGUUCUUUUAAUGGUCAGCAACUAUUGCUGCUAUUUUUGCUAUCAAGCAGAAUGGAUGUAGUUUAAAUUAGCUGGUUCCAAGGUGAAUGUACCAACCCUUUAAUUUACUGUUUGGCUUCAGUCUUCCACGGUGCGUUUUAGUAUUAUAACUUGUGGGGGCCUUUGGUCACACCGCAGUAGCCACAACAGCUAUGUAUUUGUGAUCUGUUUUUACUAAAUUUUAAUAAUAUAAUAUCUUAAAAACUAUUGAGAAAUCGAUGCGUGCAUUAGUUUCUACCUCACAAGUCUUGCUUUUCAGCAUUGAUUCUUGAUGACUUAUUGAUAAAUUGUGAUACUCAAUUCUUGCAGGAUUUGAGAAUUUAGAUGAGAAUUAAAGACUCAUGACAGACUAGGAACUUUUAAAGUUGAUUUGAAUGGUACUAUUUGUUGCCAGCAAUUAACUGCAAGAUGUACAGCAAAACGUACAAUGCAAAAUAUCAGAUUUGGUAAAAUUUUCUACUGACUAGACAUACAUGUACAAAGUAAUUUUUCAGGUUAUAAAGAAACAAAGUUACCAGUAUGGAAUGGGCAAUUUUUCUGUUGGUAUUGUGUUGUUUAAUAUUCACUGUGUAAAUUUUUACUUCAUAUUUCUCAGAUUAUCUCCUCCAUAAAGAAAAACAGAUUCCUGCUCAAUUGUUGGACAGAUGGCGGAAAGCAGCUCUAGCUGUUUCUUAUGCUUCCGUUUUUACUACUUUUGUUAUAGGUGUGAGUGCAUUUGGUAAGCAGACUGAUGCAAAAACUGUUGUUAUUAUAUGGUUCAGGGGUUAGGGCUGAGGAGUUUCCUGAAAAAACAAAAGGCUAAUAUUACUAGUAACAGAGUCAUAAUUGGAAUUUUUAAUAUUUUAUUCUGUAAUAAUUGUUCGCUAACAGAUUUCUGCAAAGUCUAGGUGGCUGGGACUCACUAUGAAUGUUAAAGCAUUUCCAAUGAUGAGUAGCACUUAGGAAUAACUGGGAAGUUACAAUCAUAUUUAAAUAUUAUGAUAAUUUAUAAAAAAAUGUUAACAUAAUAUUGUUUUUCUUUCUAUAGUCAUUUCCAGUUUGGCCAAAAGCUCUGCAGCAUUUGGCUUUGCAGUAAGUCCACAUGCUAUUUAUUCAACAAUAAUGAUUAAUAAUUAUAUCAAUAAUAAUGAUGAUGAUAAUGAUGAUGAUAAUGCUCACCUAAUGAUGAUGAUGAUGAUAAUAAUAAUAAUGGUAAUAAUAAUAAUAAUAAUAAUUAAUAAUAAUAAUAAUUAAUAAUAAUAAUAAUAAUAAUAAUAAUAAUGACUUUGUUCAGGGUAUCCACUAAAUGGCUCUUCACGUGAACUUCUACACUAAAGUUUCACAAUAAUUCAUUGAUAGUCUGGAAAAAAGAAUUCACUGCAGGGUAAUGGUGGAGCAUUUCUGCAUCUUCUUACAGACCUAUUUAAGAAUUAAGAGAUAUCCGUACUACACACUUUCCAACACCUACAUGUAAAGCAUGUAUAGGCAUGCAUAACUUCAUACAAUCCAUUUGACUGUACUGAUAGAAAAAAAAAAGAAUGAAGGUUUGGAAAUUCUGAUUCUAAAUUUCUUGAAGAUUUAAUUUUUUAUAUAAUCAGAGAAUUAAUGAUCCUCCGAAUAAAAAAAGAAGAAAGAAAACCUCAUUUGUACUUCAUUUUUUACCCUGUAAAAAUGGUAAAGUUCAAUUAGACUUGCUAUAAGUUGACCUCUCGAGUUUCAGUUUCAUAGCAGAGAGCAAGCAGGGCAAGCUUUUUAUCGCAGCCGAGCCAGCAUCAAAGUCGCCUGGGGUCCACUUAUCUCACAUGAUAAAGAACUUUUUCAAAAGUCUAAUUAACGUUUGAUAAAUAAUGCCAACUUUUCAUUCAGUAGAUUCCUGACUCCUGAAAAUCUGACAUGGAUAUUUUUUUCUCAGUUUGAUUCUUUAUUAGAUGUGUGUUCAUCACUGGUUGUUAUUUGGAGAUUUUGUGGGUUAGCCGGAAAACAAUAUUCGUGGGAAAGAGAAAGAAGGUACUGUCCAAAUAAUAUUAAUAGUACAUGAUUCUGUUCUAGAAAAAAAGCCGACCNUAAAGUUCAAUUAGACUUGCUAUAAGUUGACCUCUCGAGUUUCAGUUUCAUAGCAGAGAGCAAGCAGGGCAAGCUUUUUAUCGCAGCCGAGCCAGCAUCAAAGUCGCCUGGGGUCCACUUAUCUCACAUGAUAAAGAACUUUUUCAAAAGUCUAAUUAACGUUUGAUAAAUAAUGCCAACUUUUCAUUCAGUAGAUUCCUGACUCCUGAAAAUCUGACAUGGAUAUUUUUUUCUCAGUUUGAUUCUUUAUUAGAUGUGUGUUCAUCACUGGUUGUUAUUUGGAGAUUUUGUGGGUUAGCCGGAAAACAAUAUUCGUGGGAAAGAGAAAGAAGGUACUGUCCAAAUAAUAUUAAUAGUACAUGAUUCUGUUCUAGAAAAAAAGCCGACCCCAACCAGUGUAUGGCUAAUUGUUAGACCUUAGAACUAAUGAAAACACAGUGGAACCACAGGGCACAGAGGAGUUGUUUGUGACCUUGACUGUUGAUUGUAGUUAAAUUUUACAGUUGAUACCAUGCAUCACCUUUGUUUUUAUACUGUAAAAUCAAGCAAACCAACAUUUGAUCAACUUAUUGCCCUGGUUGUUCAAAAGUUGGAUAGCGCUAUCCACCGGAUAAAUGGCUCUCCAACGGAUAAGUAUUACAUAAACUAAUUAAGUUAUAAACUGGAUAGCGAUUUAUCCAGCGGAUAGCACUAUCCCCUUUUGAAUGACUGGGGCCUUGUAAUAUAUUAUCCAAUGCUGCAGAAAACUGCGGAAGGUAAUGACUGCGGAAGAAUAAAAAGGAAAGCUUCGCUUUCCACGGAGUAUCAGGAAAUAUUUUACCAGGUUUGUAACACGAUCGCAUGAUGGUUUGAUACAUGAAGUUCUUAGUCGAUUCUACAGUAAACAUAGGUGACUUGUGUGAUCAGCUGUAAAAUUUCGUUUCGCUUGCCAUCACAAAUGACUCCUCUGUACCCUGUGUGGAACCAGGGCUGUCAUUAAGAGGUUUGGGCCUGGAAUUUUCCCCAGCUACUAUGAAUGUUGCCCCCAGCUACUUUCAAAGAAAAUAUAAGAAAAAUAGAACCAAAAAAGAAACUCCUAGUUGUUUGAUUCCCCGGCUACUUUUUGUAUUUACCCAGCAACUUGAAAUCUUAGUGACAACCAUGGUGGAACCCUGCUAUUACAGACACCAAGGUAGCCUGCGUAGCAUGAUGGUUUUGUGCUUGCGGUUUCUCUGUCCUUGUGGCCUUUAUUACCUUGCACCCCCAACCCAAACCACUAUUCUGUGCAGACUAACACCAAGGGGACAUGCUCGCAUAGUGUCCAUAUUCUCAGGGUGUCUCUGAAAGAACAUCACAGACACAUGUUUUUUCAAUAUAAAGACCAAAGCAGACAUUUGAACGAGUAUGAAAGAAUUGUUUAAUUUUUUAAUUAUAACUGCAACAAGUUUGUCCUAGAGAAAUCUCACUGUCAUGCAUAUGCCAAAUUAGUCUUAGACUAAAAUUACCUGUUAAGUAUUAUUCUUGAAACACGAAAAUAGAAUCCAUGACUUCAGAUUACUUUACUUUGUACGUCUGACACUUUUAGUUUGCGACUCAGCCAGGUGGACUGAAUAUUAGUCAGAACUUUUGAAAGGUCACUUACCAUUUCUUUUAGGUUUUCAUUGGUAAGAUAUUCAGUUAUAGACCGUGAGCAGAAAAAAAGUGUCUUUAAAGCAGGAUUGACCAUUUAUAUGAAAGUUUGUGACUCAAUCGGGACACAGAAGGGUGUCCCUUGUCCAUAUUAACCUGUGUCCAUAAUAAGCGAGUGUCCGUAGGGCUGGUUCCACUAUAAUUCAGAAAAAGAUCGAAAAAGCUGUCCCUAGCUAUCAGGUUGACACUGAUCAAUGUUCUCUCUGUUGCAGAGCCUGUAUAGUGAUUGCUUUCCUGUUUGUCGUGUCUGGAACUGGUAUAUUUAUCAGAGCAGUCAGGGCACUAAUUGUGGAGAAGCAUCCCCUCAAAGUAAGUUUGCCAUGUUUGUUUUACCCUUUUACCCUUUUACCCCAAAAUUUUCCCUGGAUGGGAUGCCUGUCCAUCACAGGCUCAUUUCCUGCAGUAUGUCCAGUAAACAAUUAUACACCUGGUUGGCCUGUUCACAGGCCGGGCUCUGUUUUCUCUUAAGCAGGGCAUCGAGCGUGCGUAUGAAAAUAAAAACUGCGCGCUGCGCGCUCUCUGUCGUGCGCUCGUUUCGUUUGCGCGCACACUAAAUUGUCGAUAAAAAACGAAAAACGUGUAAUAGGGACCUUAAAAUGCGUAGGCGGCGACGCCAGCAAAAACGUUGCUUAAAUUCGCGCUAUUUCAACCUUCAUAGCGAUUACUCCAACUCAAUUACUUUUUCAAAUGUAUAUGUAUGCGACCUCUCCUGGACCCCCUACCAGUUUUAUCCAAGUUCAGAAGAAAAUUUCGUCGUUGCUUGUUUACGUCCUCCAUAAAUCGAGAAAUUAGGCACGACGUAGUCGAGCAGUGCUAGUGACGGCCCAGAAAUGAGCCAAACAGUGUGUUGCGCGUGCAAACGUUGUGUUCUUAUUGCUUUGACGUUUUUGUUGCCGUUACCUACGUCGGGUCUUAAGGUCCCUAAUGUACGAGACGAGACGAGACGAGACUGUUAAAAAUACUUUUGAGCGGUUCUGUACAAGCGAAGUUUAUUAUUCAAAGGAAUCAUUAUCCUUCUUUCAGUUCACCGGCAUUGAAGCAAUUUCUGGUGUGAGUGUGGUGGCUUUUAGUUCAUUAGCUUGGAUGAAGUUUGCAAUCGCUGAUAAACUGAGCAGUGCAUCUCUCCGCACUGAUGGUACGUAAGUCGGCAUGAUGAUUUUUGAAGAGUUGAACUUCUAGUCGAUUAGUUGUAGCCACUAUACUGAGUACAUAUUAAGUUUGAAGCUUAUUGUUUGUAUAAUUAUAACAAUAUAUUUAUAAUAAUGUACUGAGCUGCAGGUAGCUAAGCUAAUCGUGGCAGGUCAGUCUCACGAGGUGUUUUUUUACAGUAUUAGGAAAGAGUUUGACAAAAAGCCGCGAUUUAAUUAGCAAAGUAAGAGUUUUGCAAAGGAGAGAGACUGUGUCGUAAUAUUAUUGUAUUAGGAGCGAGGGAAGGUUUGUUGAUGGUCAGAAAACAUCUUAGUCCUUGACAAAGUCAAUGGAAUUUCGAAAGAAGUUAUUUCCAAAUUUUCACCGGGUUUUGAUUUUGAGUGACAUUUUGUUCAAAAAGCGAUCUGUAGCAGUUCAUCGAUUUUGAUAUGGAGUAGAACAGUCAUGGCUUGCAAAAAAAGGCUACAGAAGAUGCAAAUGAAAAUAAGAUUCAAACCCAGUAAAAGGCGUUUAUAUUAGCUGAAGGAUUGGUCAAUUUUUCGCUCCAACGACUCCUCCCCGUUUUUUCCUCUGCGUUGUUUUCAUCGCGUCGCAUCACCAUUUUUUAUUCUGAACCUCUGAAACAGCCAAUUUUAUAACACUGACGUAAAGACUUGCCACUUGCAAAACAAGAGGUUUUCUUUAUUUCUGCACUAAGGCCUCUUGCAAACUGUUGUUGUUGUUGUUGUUGCUUUCUUUUAGCUUUUAACUCAACAGCCGGUGCCGCUAUGGCUUUGGGAAUGGUUUUAAGUACAAUGCUGUAUCAAUAUAACAGAAAUAUUUGGUAUCUCGAUGCCUCCGUUGCUCUUUGUAUAGCAGUCGGAUUGUUUGGGUACGGAAUUAGGUGAGUGUUUUCGUAUUUAGGAGCCCUUUUUUCAAAAAGCUGAAAUAUCGAAAUGUUGAGUCAAGAUAACUUGUCUCAUUUUAUCUUUUUUUUUUUUCAACAGGCUUCUGGGGAAUCUUUUACCUGCAAAGGGAAAAUUCCCUCCACCCGGUGAAGCAUUUGAUUAG